AUGAUCAAGUUCAUUUUUCUCCAGAACCGGCAGGGAAAGACCCGGCUCAGCAAGUGGUACGAGAGCGGCCUGAACCUGGCAGAGAAAAUGAAGAUGGAACAGGAGGUGCACCGCAUCGUGGCGGGAAGGGACGCGAAGUUUACCAAUUUCGUCGAGUACCGGCACUACAAAAUCAUCUACCGACGAUACGCCGGACUGUUUUUCACGCUUGGCGUCGACAUGCACGACAACGAACUGGGAAUGCUGGAACUCAUACACCUUUUCGUAAAUGCUUACUGUGCUUCCAUCACUUUUUUACCUCUCUUGAGUUUGCUUUUCUCGCACUGGAAGUAGAGUCUGGGAACAAAUAAUUGACGUCGCCGCUCCUCUCAGUGGCUGGGCGAACCCUAGAAAAAAAAUACGUGCAGUGGCAAUGACUGACCGUAUUACCUACCCGAAUACAAAUCAAAACUUCGUACUAGGUCGAAAUUCUGGACGGAUACUUUGGAAACGUGUGCGAGCUGGAUUUGGUAUUCCACUUCGACAAGGUGUACUUGAUUCUCGACGAGCUGUUGCUGGCCGGCGAAAUCAGCGAAACUUCAUCAACACUAAUAUUGCAAAAGCUGAAGCAAAGCGAGAAACUCGAAUAG